AUGGAUGCUAAGGCCUUCUUCAGAUUCCACAUCCUCAGCGGUUUCAUCGCCAGGCGCGUCAUCCUACGCUCGAUCUUCCUCGCCUGCGCUAUUUCCAUUGUCUCUCUCUACGGCGCGCAAUCGCUCUUCGAUUUUGCUCCCAUCGCUGACUACUUCGACUGCGUUUCCGGUUUUCAAGGUGUCUCCUUCAGCCCCGCUUCCCAUUUGCUCCGAACCCGCUUCUGGGCCUCCUCCAUUUGCGAGAAAGACGCCAACUUGACGCUCACCGUCGUCAAUGACCUCACCGCUAACCGGUUACUUUAUCCAGGAGCAAAGAGCCUCUGCGUCGGAGAAGGCUCCUUAGUGGCCGUCACGACAAUGAAACAGUUAGGUUUCUCCUCCGUCAGCGCCGUCCAAACGAGCCGUUUGGAGCAGAAGAAGGUCCUGUACGAGGAUUCUUCCUUCGAUUUCGUGUUUUCCAGGGACCUCGACAAGGUUUCAGUCCCUGCUCUGUUGGUUCUCGAGGUUGAGCGCGUUCUUAAGCCUGGUGGGGUUGGUGCCCUUCUUGUAGGCACCUCUGGUUUACAUCCCAACGAUUUAAUUAGGGCAGCCACCCCUGUGUCCUCUUUGUUGAGGUCUUCCAAUGUGGUGCAUGUUGGUUCUGUCAAUGAGCUUAACCUUGUUGUUUUCAAGAAAAGAUAUGAAAAUACUACUUCGUUUUACCAACAUAGUUUACCCGCUGAUUGUCCCAGUCUCACCUUCACCAAACCCCUCAUAGAGUUGAUGGAGCCUCUUGUGAGUGAGAAACCGACGUCACCACCUCUUGAAUUUCAGAAGAACAUUCCCUAUUUGCCUAAAUUUGUGGAUGUUUCCACUAGGAACAGGUUGGUGUAUAUUGAUAUUGGGGUGGGGGGGCUGCUUAAUGCCAAUGUUAGUGAUUGGUUCCUGCCAUCGUACCCCAUCGAUCAGAAAGAUUUCAAUGUGUAUUUUGUUCACUACAACACUUCCAUUAUGUUGUCCUAUGUGAAGCGACCUGGUAUUACCUUUGUUUAUCACCCUGGCUUGGCUGGUAUUGGAAAGGUCACAGCUAAGCUUGGUACGGAUGAUAAUCAUAAUGAUGAUGACCUGGAUCCUUUCUUUGGGGAGGAGGAGUUUGAUUUCCUUGCCUGGUUCAAAGAAACUGUGCAAUAUGCUGAUUUUGUGGUCCUCAAGAUGAAUGCAGGAAAUGUUGAACUCAAGUUCCUCUCAGAUAUAUUUGAGAAUGGAGCUAUAUGCUUUGUUGAUGAAUUGUUUCUCAAGUGUCCCGAGAGGGGAGGUAAUGACAAAAGUGUAACCAACAAAGAAAGUUGUAUGGAUAUUUACAAGGGUCUCAGAAGCAAUGGUGUCUAUGUCCAUCAAUGGUGGGGAGACUAA